CAAUGAAGUGGUCGCUAGUUACUUAAAAGCGCCACGAAUUAAAAUCAAAUCAAACAGGUGCGCGAAAAGUCAAUGCUGGUCCAUUGGACAGAGGAAAAGACCAGUGGUAAACAUCAAGAUGGAUUCCAUUAGCGACCUGUUAGAAGAUAUCGUGAAGGAAUGCGGUGGACUGGGGAAGUUUCAGGCCAUUCUAUUGGUCAUCAUGUUCGGGACAAAGGUCACAGUGACAUGGAGCAUGCUCAUGAUGACGUUCGGAGGCGCGACGCCCGAUUGGUGGUGCAACAUGCAUAAUGUGACGUCAUCAUCUGGUCAGAACAAGAUGUCCAAUUUUUCGACUAUGCAGUUACUGAAACAAUGUGCGCCACCUGCAAACAUUUCCGGUUCCUGUGACUCGCGCAGCUAUUCCUCAGACAUGAAUACUCUUGUCAGUGAGUUUGAAUUAAUCUGCGACAAAGACUGGAUUGCCUCCACCAUCACCACCAUACAAAUGGCGGGCCUCCUCAUCAGCUCCCCAGUCGCCGGACAAAUGGCGGAUUCCCUGGGCCGGAAGCCCGCUUUCUUCCUCUCUCUUCUGGUCCUGACCGUCUGCAAUCUUAUCGCAGCCUUCUCCGUUUCCUGGGAGAUGUUUGCUGCCUGUCGAUUUUUGAUCGGGUUCGGAUGCGGGAUGUAUCUCACGACAUUCUAUUCCUUCAUGCAAGAGUUCGUUCCCACAAGGUGGCGCUCUAUGACUGCGGCAGUUCCGGGAUGGGCCAUUUUUGCGGCACUUUAUGGUUUGUUUUCAUGGUGGCUUCAUGACUGGGAAUACCUUCACUACGCCACGGCUAUCGUCACCGCGCCAUUUCUUUUAGGAAUAUUCAUUUUGCCGGAGAGUUUCCGAUGGUUAGUUUCUAACAACAAGGUGGCGGAUGCAGAGAAAGUUAUAAAACACAUCGCCAAGUUAAACGGCAGAGAGACUCUGAUAUCUUGUAUAGAAAGACUGCACAAUAUUGUAAAAACUGAAGAUCUGACAACAAAAGUAAAAACACACACCCUAAUAGACGUAUUAAAAAGCAGAGAUCUUCUGAAGAAAUCGUUUUUCCUUUGGUCUAGCUGGUGA